CGGCCAGGCACACACGCUCGUCCUCAUCUUCCUCGCCUACUCAAAGGUUCUGACAUUUGUGCUUCAAAGCCUGGUGCGGUCGUCCUAGCCUCUCAGAAGCUUCGGGUACUUUUAUAGGUUUCUCUGGUUCAGUAAUUGUGGCCUCCGAAUUUAUAAUUCCCCUCAUGCCACUCCAUCCUCCCUUCGUCUGUGGUAGGAGCUGUCCUGCCUUCCAUGGAUCACUGUUCUCUCCCAACCAAAACGGGGCCAGCGAACAGCCUCAGGGGAAUCCCUACACAAGCACGAAAAGAAAGCGCGGGUCGGCCGCUGCCCGUAAACCCGGCACUUUAAAGGCUUUUGUUUUAAUCGCGACUUAAGACUUAAAACCACGGGGAAAGCAGGCGCCUCCCUCCGCAAGAACUACCCACUUUCAGCCCGGGUUGAAGUCUCCCACCUUAAAAAAGGCAUCCCCUCAUCGCCUCCAAGAUUCCGCUGACACUCCCGUACGUGGGCAGACCCAAGCCCGCCCACCGGCGUCGAAGUCAGCUCUCUAUUGGUCCAGACGUGUGCUCGUCUCCGCAGUGAGCCAAUCAGAGCCUCACGUUCUACCCCAGGGAUUUGGGAAACGGAAAAGACCUCGACCUGUUCCUGGGGAGGAAGGCGGGGCCGUAAAUGAGUGACAUGUCAACCCCCCAAUGGGCAGAGCGCUAGGACCUGCCCCUCUGGCGCCCGGGCUAGAAAAGAGCGUUGAUGCCGGCCACAGGGAUGAGUCCUAGGCGGCGCUGCCUGCACAGGGGCUCCGAGGAGCGGGUGCUGCGGGUGGCCUCUUUGCAGAUGUAUUUCUGUCAUUGAUCAUUGGUCCACUUGAAGGCACAAGGGAAGCUCAGCCAUCAGUAUGUCCAAGUACAAACUGAUCAUGUUAAGACAUGGUGAGGGUGCUUGGAACAAAGAGAAUCGUUUUUGUAGCUGGGUGGAUCAGAAACUUAACGAUGAAGGACUGGAGGAAGCUCGAAACUGUGGGAAGCAACUCAAAGCGCUAAACUUUGAGUUUGAUCUAGUAUUCACAUCCGUUCUUAAUCGGUCCAUCCACACAGCCUGGCUGAUCCUGGAAGAGCUAGGGCAGGAGUGGGUUCCUGUGGAAAGCUCCUGGCGUCUGAAUGAGCGUCACUAUGGAGCCUUGAUCGGUCUCAACAGGGAGAAAAUGGCUUUGAAUCAUGGCGAAGAGCAAGUGAGGAUCUGGAGAAGAAGCUACAAUGUGACCCCGCCACCCAUUGAAGAGUCUCAUCCUUACUACCAAGAAAUCUACAGUGACCGGAGGUAUAAAGUGUGCGAUGUACCUGUGGAUCAACUGCCACGGUGUGAAAGUUUGAAGGAUGUUCUGGAGAGACUCCUUCCCUAUUGGAAUGAAAGGAUUGCUCCUGAAGUGUUACGUGGCAAAACCAUUCUGAUAUCUGCUCAUGGAAAUAGCAGUAGGGCACUCCUGAAACAUCUGGAAGGUAUCUCAGAUGAAGACAUUAUCAACAUUACUCUUCCCACUGGCGUCCCCAUUCUCCUGGAACUGGAUGAGAACCUGCAUGCUGUUGGGCCUCACCAGUUCCUGGGUGACCAAGAGGCUAUCCAAGCAGCCAUUAAGAAAGUAGAUGACCAAGGAAAAGUGAAAAAAGCUGCAAAAUAAAGUUUUUCCCAAGUGUUGGCUAGGAAUGGCUACAAAAAGGAGUGGCAUGCAGUGUGUUAUAGGUGCUGAUCUCUCCCUCUCCUCUCUCUUUUCCUGAUUUUUCCAGAGCUAGGCUGUGGGGUAAAGUUUGUAUUGGUAACUAGGUAACUUAUGUUGGCCCAGAUAAAGACUUGAGGGUGCCUGAGUGCUUAUGUCAUAAGUCUUACGGGUUAGCUCUCCUGCUAGCCCUGUUUGAAUUAAACUACUUAGCAGUGGGGCUCAAUGUCCUAAGUUUCUUAGAUGGUAGAGUGAUAAUGGAGGUAGAGUUUAAGGUAUUUCAUCAUUCAACAAAUCAUUGUGAAGUCACCACUGACAGGUACUAAUUACUGUGAUAAGUAGUUCACUUUUAUAUUUACUAAGACUUUCUGGGAUGAUAGGAGAGGAUAUUAGAUAAUAUACUAUACUUAAAGUAUUUAUUAUUAGUCUUUUCCUCUAGGAAAAGGGAUGUUUUGAUGGGUAAGACGAGAGGCCCAUUAAAUGGGAAAGCCACAGACGGGUUCCUCCACAACAGCCCGCAAUAAACAGCAAGGCCCUUGGCCCUGUCUCCAGUCCAGAGACUCCUUUGUUUGAUAUUUGGUGGAAUUCCUCUUUGGCAGUUAGAAUUAGCAGCACAUAGACAACUAUAGCUGUUUGUGUUCUCUUAUUUUUGUUUCUUGAACUUUAAUCCUUGGAUACUUAAAAUUGGUUUAAAAAUAAAGUUCUGUGACCAAAAAUGA